AUGGGCGAAUCGAAGCUCUUCCAACCCGUCACGGUGGGAAACAUGAAGCUUGAGCAACGGCUGGCCAUGUGCCCUCUGACGAGGUUCCGUGCCACAGAAAACCAUAUCCCCAUGCCAAGCUUUGAACAGUACUACGGUCAGAGAGCAUCGACACCUGGUACUCUUCUUGUGUCUGAAGGAACUUUCAUCGCACCUGAACACGGCGGUUACGCCAAUGUCCCUGGAAUCUACAACGAGGAGCAGGUCGAAGCCUGGCGCAAGGUGACAGAUGCUGUUCAUGACAAGGGAUCUUUCAUUGUGUGCCAGCUGUGGGCUCUGGGUCGGACGGCCAGCGUGGACGUGUCUGAGAAGGAAGAGAUCAUGUUCCGAAGCUCAGGCAAUAUUGCCGUUGACGCCGAUCGUCCGGCACCAGCCCCCCUCACGUUGGAGGAAAUCAAGUCUACGGCACAGCAGUACGCGCAGGCUGCAAAGAACGCCAUGCGAGCCGGGUUUGAUGCCGUCGAACUUCAUGGUGCCAAUGGCUAUCUCAUUGAUCAGUUCCUCCAAGAUACCGCAAACAACCGAACAGAUACUUAUGGAGGUAGCGUCGACAAUCGUUCCCGCUUCGCUCUCGAGAUGGUUCAGGCUGUUUGCGACGCUGUCGGGCCUGAGCGGACUGGGAUUCGCUUCAGUCCCUGGAGCACCUUCAAUGCCAUGAAGAUGAAGAACCCUAUUCCUCAGUUCACAGACAUCAUCAAGAAACUGAACCCACUCAAACUAGCCUAUAUCCACCUUGUUGAGUCCAGGAUCGCUGGUAAUCUCGAUGUCGAGGCUGCCGACUCACUCGCAUUCGCUGUUGAGGCACGAGAGGGCCCGCUUCUUAUCGCCGGUGGCUACACUCCUCAGACCGCCCGAAGACUGGUAGACGAGGACUUCCCGGACAAGGAUAUUGUGGUUGGCUUCGGCAGGUUCUUCAUCUCAACACCUGACCUUCCCUUCAGAAUAAAGACGGGAUUGGAGCUCAACAAGUACAACCGGGACACCUUCUAUACCCCCAUGUCUACUGUCGGUUACACUGAUUACCCGUUCAGCAAAGAAUUCAUCAACCAGUCUCAGGGCUCCCUAGCAUAG